AACACACAGAAUUAUUGAACUGUCAAAUUGGCACGGCAUCUGGUUUAAAGCAAAUAAUUGUUUUCCAAAACUAAAAAUAUGCAAAAAGCCAGCGCAAAGGAAACUUUUCUUGUUACCAACACUCUCAACUGUUUACCAUUUCUAUUAGAUGGCCAUUCCGUAUUAAUAGAUUUACGAAAUGAAAUUUCUGUAGCCGGUAGGAUUGAUGCUUCUGGAACGGAUGGCUUCAUGAACAUUCACUUGACUGACGUCGUAUUGAUUGACCGCAAUGGACUACAAUAUCCCUUCGAAGAGUUCAUGGUACGACCACGCAUGAUACGUCAAAUCCACAUACCUUCUCAUAUAGAGGCUGAAAGGGCGAUUCGCGAUUGGUUAGAUCAUGGACGCAAACCAAUUAGGAAAAUUCCACUACAACGCAAAGGAAAAAUGACUUUCAAACAAAAGCGCGCCGAAACACGACACAAGGAAGUGCUGAGUGAAAUAGAAAGAUCAAAACAGCAGCAAAGUAGCGGAACCUAAAACAGGAAACUGUAGCAAAUAAUUUGACUGUUUUCUGUUAAUCC